AUGCACCUCAUUUGGGAGAAUGUCAUCAAAAACCUUAUCUUACUCUGGACAGGUGAAUUCAAAGGCCUCAAUGUUGGGUUGGAGGAUUAUGAGCUGGGCGAAAGUGUCUGGAAUGCUGUAUGUCAAGUGGGUGCUAAUUCAGGCUCUUUUAUCCCAUCAGCAUAUGGUGCUCGCCCACCUAAUCCAGCCACUGAACAGAGUAUGUGCACAGCAGACUCGUGGUCAUUUUGGACUCAAUAUCUUGGGCCGUACUAUAAGCACUUUGUGAAGCUUGUUCGCAUGGUCCGUGUUUGUCUUCAGUUCAAGCUCUCAUCUGCAGAUAUCAGUGAUUUGAGAAUGGGGUUUGCCACUUGGUUCGAAGAAUUUGAAGUGAUAUACUACCAAAACAAUCCCGAAUGUCUAUCAGCAUGCCCUAUCACAAUUCAUGCACUUCUGCACAUAGCUGAUAGCAUCGAAGAGACCAGACAAGUGUGGACCAGUUGGGCAUUUCCAAUGGAGAGGUUUUGUGGGCGGAUGCAACCAGCAAUUAUGAGCAGACGUCAUCCUGAUGCAUGCAUGGCUUGUUACAUUGUCGAACACGCUCAACUUACACAAGCAGCGCUUGUCCACAAUUUCACAGAAGAACUGACCCUUCCACACCCCAAUUAUUUACUACUACUUCCCCAAUCAACAGAUCCAUCAUGUGUGCUCUUGCCACCACAGAGAACAACCCCACUCGCAUCAGUCACACUCUCACGGAUCUUCAAGGCACUUGCAACUCGGUUUGAUGUGUCGUUAGCAUCGGUUCGCCAGCAUGUCAAAGAAGUGUGUAUUGAGCAAUGGGGCAAGGUCCGAUGGCUGGAUGGUGGUGACACAAUGCUUGCGGCAGGGCUUUAUGAGACCCUCAUUGAUAAAUUCGCUCGACAACAUCACAUGCCACCUGCAUAUGAGAAACAGACAUUCUAUGGUCAUCUGCAACAUAUUUUUGUCAUUUGCAUUCCACAUACUCCAGCUCUCAAAGUUGACGGUCCAACUACCAUUUUCCUCACUGCAUUGUCAACAUGCAAACUCAAAUCCACUCCAUCAAGCUUGAACGCUCUCGACAUUCACUUUUACAGUAGCCUCAAUGAUACUUUAGACGUCGUGGACAUUGUCUGCUUGCAAUGUCUCAUUGGGCGUGUGCCAAUGGAUGGAGGUCGGCAGUGGGCAAUCAUUGACCGAAGUGGGAAUCUUGCUCAUGCAGCUUUUGAGGAUUCUUAG